AUGGGUUCAGAUGUACGUGACCUAAACUCUCUGCUGCCCCCGCUUCCUACGGGCCAUAGCCCCAGCUGCCCUGCCCUGCCCGUCAGCUCAGCCCCUCAAUGGGCUCCUGUCCUGGAUUUCCAUACCGCUGGAUCUCCUUAUCCUCCCCUUGCAGCCACCCACACCUCCCUAGGACAACACUCCUUCAUCAAGCAGGAGCCCACCUGGGGUGCUAACACUGACCCCCACCACCAUGACGCUGACCCUCACUGCGGCCUCAGCGCCUUCACUGUCCAUUUCUCUGGGCAGUUCACAGGGACUGGGGCAUGUAGGUAUGGAACAUUUGGGGCGCAACUACCUCCGCCACCACCCACUCAACCCCCAUCUGUGGCUGCCCCACACCACCACCACCACCACCAGCCACCCAGCAGGAUGUUCAGCAACCCACCGCACCUGACCAACUGCAUGGACACACAGCAAGCAGUCCGCAACCAGACAGGUUACAGUGCAGUUGCAUUCGAUGGAGCUGGUAAUUACAGUCAAAUUCCUACAUACCAGGGCUCCCAGUUCUCCAACCACUCCUUUAAACAUGAAGACACUUUAACCCAGCAAAGCACUAUGGGUGAGCAGCAGUAUUCUAUUCCUCCUCCGGUCUAUGGAUGCCACACACCUUCAGACAGCUGUUCAGGCAGCCAGGCUCUUCUGCUGAGAAACCCUUACAACAGUUAUAAGAGCUUUGGGACGCUCCUUAACAUGGCGGAUCUAGAACCACUUACAGUUCGGCUGAGGAGCGAGGACCGAGAAGACAGCAUUUGA